UAAAUAUUAUUUAGAACUUAAUUAAAUUUUUUAUUAUUUUAUAAAUAAAUUUUUAAUUGACUAUCAGCAUAAAAAAAUAAAGCUAAAAAAAAAAAUGGAAGAAAAAAAUAAGAGAUUUGGAGAUUUAAAAGAAUUUUAAAAAUCAAACUUAAGGAAUAUUACUCAUCUCUAAUUAGAUUUAGGAAACAAGAUAAAAGGAGAUGAAGGAGCAAAAGAUCUUGGUAUAUCUCUAAGUAAGUGCACUGAACUCACUAAUUUAAUUAUUUAUAUUUAUAUGAAUGAAAUCAAAAAUGAAGGAGCAUAAGCAUUCGGCUUAGCUUUAGGAUCUUGUAAAAAACUCAUUGAUUGUAAAUUAUGGAUUUAUGAAAAUUAAAUCGGAGAUAUAGGAGCGUCUGGUAUAGCAGCAGGUUUGAGCAAUUUUACCUAAAUUACAAGUUUAGGUUUGAGUUUACUAAAAAAUGAAAUUGGUGAUGAAGGUAUUUUUGAUAUUGGGUUAGCCUUAAGUAAAUGUAAGAAUCUAAUCAAUUUAUAACUAUGGUUACACACAAAUUAAUUUGGUGAUAAAGGCUUAUCAGGCCUCCUAAUAGGUUUGAAUAGUUGUAAUCAAAUUAAGGAUUUAGGUCUUAGCUUGAGUAAAAAUAAAAUUACUGAUGAAGGGUAUUUGAAAAUGGACGAAUGUCUAUCAAGUUUAGUAAAUUUAACAUCUUUGCUUUGUGUUUUCAAUGAUAAUGAAAAAUUACUCAAGUCGAGAGAAAUGUUGAAUUGCAAAAAUGUUUAAGUGUUGAUACUAAUUUAUAAUUUGUGCUCAUCAGAGGAAGAACAUAAUAAACACUACAUAAAAGCUUUAAAAAUCAAAAGGCUAGUGAAAUUAUCAUCUGUAUAGAUUUGAAAUUAUUAUCAAUAAAUAAAUAAAUAAAAAUAUUAAUUUUUAAAGGCUUAAAUUAACUGUUAUUUUUUUAUUGUAAAAAAUAUCUGUUGCAUCAAUACAUUAAUCUUUGAUUUUUCUUUUGAA